AUGGCACAUUCACAUUUGGGGAUGGUUACUGAUGGAAGAUUCAUCUAUGUGGUAACUGGACAGUAUGGUCCACAAUGUAGGGGACCAACAGCUCGAUAUUUUGUAUUGGACACAAAAACAAAAGAAUGGCAUGAUCUGCCACCAUUGCCAGUUCCUAGAUAUGCUCCAGCAACACAACUUUGGAGAGGCAGACUUCAUGUGAUGGGUGGCAGCAAGGAGGAUAGGCACAAACCUGGGCUUGAACACUGGCGUCUCGCGGUAAAGGAUGGGAAAGCAUUGGAGAAAGAGUGGAGGAGCGAGAUACCAAUACCGCGUGGAGGUCCUCAUAGGGCUUGUGUUGUUGCAAAUGAUAAACUCCUUGUUAUCGGUGGUCAAAAAGGUGAUUUCAUGGCCAAGCCUGGGUCUCCUAUAUUUAAAUGUGUUAGAAGAAGUGAGGUUGUGUAUAGUAAUGUUUAUAUGCUUGAUGAUGGAACGACUUGGAAGGAACUUCCACCUAUGCCUAAACCAGAUUCACAUAUAGAAUUUGCUUGGGUGAAUGUCAACAAUUCUCUUGGUGUUGGUUGGUGA